AUGCGGGAGCCCCAGCGAUUCCCGCUCGGCACGCGCGUGGCCAACCCCGUGGAAGGCCGCACGGGCGCAAUCGCAGCAUUCGACACGACCACAGGGCUCUACACGCUCGCGUACAAUGACGACCACCGAGACGUGCUCACCGCCAAUCAGACCGAGGCGUUUGUUAUCCGGACAGCAAGGGUGCCAGAGCCGGUACAGGAUUUUGUCACUUUGGAAUCAGAUCCGAAUCAGUUGCUCGGAAUCACCGUAACCAGAACUUCCACCAGCUACGAGGGCAAGCGGUUCACGAGCUCCGGUCAAGUGACGCAGUACUUUCCGGAUAUGAAGCGCUUUCGCGUGCUGUUUGCCGACGGACUGUACGCGGAUCUGACGCGCGACGAGGUAAAGCAGUACGCGGAGGCGGAAUCAGACUCAGAUCUGAGUCGACUGCCAGCACCCGAGUCGGACGUGACGGUCGUGGAGUCCAAAUCGAGCCACGAGCGCCAGGAUCAGGAGGAACUUUGUCACGACGACGAUCACGGGAAGGAACGACCGCUCAAUGCGCAGAAGUUUGAGAGUCGCAAAGUCGCGUACGCUGUGUGUCGAGAGGUGGUGCGCAUUAUUCUGAGCCAGAAGAAAAUGGGCAAGUUCUGCUCGGACAAGCAGAAGGUCGUGGUCAAUAAUAAGGAUUUGCAGUCCAAGCGAGCGCUGGCGGCGUUUGUAGAAGCAGACGGACUGAGUGCACUCGAGAAGAUGCUGGGUGUCUGGAUCCGCGUUGAGAAGACGCAGUCGGCUGCUUUGCUGAUCUUGAAGGUUUUGGCAAUGCUGCCUGGAGUGAAGGAAGAGCAUUUGCGGAAGACGAAUAUUGCACGCACAUUGCGUGGUAUCGAGAAGCUUAGCCAGACGAGGUAUAUUGACAUGAUGUUUGGCGAUCUCGCGCAUUGGAUCAUUCAGAAGUGGUCGAGAACGGCGAUGAAUCGGUCUUUUACGCGCUCGGCUCGGGACUUGCUCCUAGCGCAACAAGCUCAAAUCAGACGGGCGGGAACGGAUGGCAAGGUGCAUUUGACAGCCCACUCAGCUGUAAAAUUGACUCCACGACAAAAAGAGACGGCACGGUUGGAAGCUUUGCGAACAGGAGCAGACAAGAGUGCAGAGUCUGAACAAGAUCCGAGCGAAGAAGUUGUGGUGUACUUGCCGCAGUUUAAUUCGCUAGGCUCGGUGGACAUGCGUCGCCCUGUCCGCCAAACCCAAGUGCUUGAGUCGCUGGCAGCAAAGCUAAAUCGUGACUAUGAAGACUCGGUGCGGAAGCAUCAGGAAGAUGACGCGGAAGGAGACAAUGACGGCGUGGCUAUGGGGCGCGUCACAUUCGGGAAGCCUCGGUUGAUGCAUUUUAGCCAGCACACUCCCGUAGUCGACCUGUUUUGUACUGCCCGCAGUAAAAUGCUUGGGAAGGACGCAAGGAAAAGCAAUGGUGCCGGGGAAACUACAGGUUGUGGCACCUUUAUAUCGAGGUCUUCGCCAAAGCCCAACAAGACGCAAGCGCCAAAGAAGACUAUUUUGAAAGUGAGAGAUGAUGUGAUCAUACCGGCGUCGCAGAUUAUUUGGUAG